AUGACCAGCGAAAUGAAGAAAUCGAAUUCGAUAAAACGGGUGCCGGUCAAAAAAUUUCGUGAGUAACAAAAAAAGUUUGUUAAAAAAUAUAGAUAUAAAUAAUUUUCGAAAUUUUCAGCAUUCUUUCAUCCAUUUUCUAGACGUCUACACACUGCCUUAUUAUGUAUGGUUAGUUAGAAAAAAUUAUUUAUUUAUUUCAUGUGAGCAUGAAAAUUGACACCCUAACUCAGAAAUUUUUUUGUACCAAGACAGAAUUUUUUGAGCACAUUGUUCGAGUACUGUCUAUAUUUUGUGCAUGCCAUGACGUCAUCAUCUGCACAAAAUAUAGACAGUACUCGAACAAUGUGCUCAAAAAAUUCUGUCUCGGUACAAAAAAAUUUCUGAGAAUGAUGAUGACGAAAUAUUGUUUAUUGGAUUUUCAGAUAGGAUUUUGUUGCACCACAUUCAUGCGUAUGCAUCUCGCAAUAACUAUGACGUGUAUGGUUAAUUCGACAGCUCUUGCACUUGAACAAACUCUGCCCUAUUCAAUUGAUAACGCUUCUAUAAUUGAUGAGGUAAUAUUCCGCACCUUUGCAAAAAAAAUGAACCAAAAAAAAUCUAGUGUUUUUUCCACACCCACCAUUUUCCAGGUGAAAUCAGUGAGUGAUCAUGUUUGCGCACCAAAGAACAGUCAUUCAAAAGUGGUUGUCGAUUAUGGAGUGAGUUCUUUCCGUUCAAGAUUUUAUUCAAAUUGAUUUCCAGGGUGAACUUGUUUGGGAUACCAAUGAGCAAAACUUGAUUUUCUCCGGAACAUUUUGGGGAUCACUUAUAACAGUUUUGCCAUCGAUGUUUUUUAUCAAUCGAUAUUCUGCUAGAUAUGUUUUACAAGGUGCUGUUGGUAUUUACAUAAUUAUGACAGUGUUAACACCAUAUUUGGCUAUUCAUUUUGGACCGAUUCCUGUUUUUAUGUCAAGAUUUGUAAUGGGUUUAGGAGAGGUAAGCUGGUAAAAAUCUCAAAAAGCAGAGUACCUAUAGCAAAACUCCCAAGUGAUUUUUCCCGGGGAGCUUAGAAAAAAUGUUCCCAAAAAAAUUUUCUGACCAAAUAUACUUUGAAAAUAAUUGUCCAGGAUUUUUUUUUCGGAAUUUAGUGAAAAAGUCCCUUGAGAAUUUUGCUAUUAAAAAAAGUGCUCCCAAUUUUCCAGAAAAAUUACAAAAAAAAAAAUUAAUUCAGGGUUUCAUUCUUCCCGCAAACAAUGCAAUUAUCGCCAAUUGGUUUCCCAGUGCUGAAAGAAGUACAGCAAUUUCCCUUUUCACAACAGGAAAUCAAAUGGCCGGCGCUUUCGGCAACCCAGUUGCUGCUUCUUUGUGUAGUUCAAAUUUCGGAUGGGUUUCAAUAUUUUAUUUCGCUGGUAUAAUUUCAACAAUUUGGUCAUUUGUUUGGUUUUUGACGGCUAAUAAUCAACCAUCAAAAUGCAAAAUAAUGACAAAAACUGAACGAGAAUAUUUAGAUGCAAAUGUUGUGAGAAGAAGUAA